AUGCCCUGGAGCCCCCGGACCGCGCCAAGCUGGGCGCUGUUGCUGCGGCUGCUAGCACUGCUGCGGCCACCGGGUAUGGUUGAGGCAUGCAGCUGUGCCCCUGCACACCCCCAGCAGCACGUCUGCCACUCGGCGCUUGCCAUUCGGGCCAAAAUCUCCAGUGAGAAGAUAGUUCCUGCUAGCACAGACCCUGCUGACACUCAAAAACUGAUCCGGUAUGAAAUCAAACAGAUAAAGAUGUUUAAAGGGUUUGAGAAACUCAAGGAUGUUCAGUAUAUCUAUACACCUUUUGAUUCCUCCCUCUGUGGUGUGAAACUAGAAGCUAAUAGUCAGAAGCAGUAUCUUUUGACUGGUCAGGUCCUCAGUGAUGGAAAAGUCUUCAUCCAUCUGUGCAACUACAUCGAACCUUGGGAGAACCUGUCCCUUUUGCAGAGAGAAAGUCUGAAUCACCACUACCAUCUGAACUGUGGCUGCCAAAUUACCACCUGCUAUACAGUGCCCUGUACCAUCUCAGCUCCCAACGAGUGCCUCUGGACAGACUGGCUGUUGGAACGGAAGCUCUAUGGGUACCAGGCCCAGCAUUAUGUCUGCAUGAAGCAUGGUGAUGGCACCUGCAGCUGGUACCAGGGCCGCCUGCCCCUCAGGAAGGAGUUUGUUGACAUCAUACAGCCCUAA